AUGGACCCGAACCUCGGCAACCCGCCCACCGAGACGCCCGAGCCCAUCCCCAUCGACCGGCAGAAAGUGCUGGAAGACGUCGAAGCGCGGAUACCCGACGCCCUGAAGUACGUGUCGCUGACGCUGGGCGAGCUGGCGAAGGAGAAGCAAACGACCAGGGCCAAAUUCGACGAGUUCGGCGCCAACUUCAAGAAGCACGUCCAGUCGAUAGAGAGAGACCUGUCCAGCCAGCUCGACUACCUGUCGCAGAUCUGCAUCGGCCAGGCGCACAAGGGCACCACCUGGUCCACGUCGCAAGCAGUUGCCCUCGACAAGGCGGCCUCUGACGAGCUUCAUCGUGACCUGAGCAACCUCUCCAACCGCUACGACUUCAGCGCGUCGGUGCAGGACGGCAGCGAGGCCGACAUGGACACCGACCAACCGCAAAGCUCCUCAAAUGUUUUCAACUUCCCCGCG